AUGCAGGCACUCUGGUCUAGAGCGGGCCAGGCACACCGUUGUGGUUGCAGGGCCUGCUUCGAUGCCGCCGGGGGCAUAAUGCGGCAUUCGGCGACGCGCGCGACGCCGCGAAAACCGACCUUUAGCGAGAUCUUCACGGCCUGCUACACAUCGAUAAUGGGAACGGCAGCGGUUCUGGAUGCAACGAGGAAGGACCGACGACGAAAGGACUUGGACCGGCAGAUUGAGGAAGUCAGGACGGAGCUGGCAAAUCUUGUCGAAAACGCACCGACCAAUGUUCUCAAGAAACCGCCUGCCGGUGACAUUGCCAACCGAUACAAAGGCGCAUUGGCAGAUCAUGUGCGACAAAAUCCCGAAAUCAGCGAGAUUCUCGACACCCUCGGGCCCCAAUACAAGUGGCAGAAAACUGCUGCGACAUCCGCCGCGGUCAACAAAUUAUGGAAGAAAUACGGGCUGAGCCCUUCGAAGGAAGCUAACAUUUCCCCGAGAAGUAUCGACUAUGAUGUCUUGAUGCAAGGGCUCACCGAGGAGGAGCAAAUGUCUAUCAAGCACCGCCAACCGCAGACGAUCAGGCAGGCCAAGGCGGCAGAGGCGGCAGCGAGAGCGUUGGUCUACGAAUUCCUGGAUGCGGGCGAAUCAAUCCUGGGAAGCCAACAAAUACAAUCGGCACGAGAAGAGGUAGUCAAGCUGAGCAAGAGCAAGCUCCCUCGUUGGGACCAAGAAGAACCGAACGCUGAGGCUCUAAACGAGUGCAGCUUGGAGUUGAAUCAGGUGUUGAGGAGUAUAUUUGCCGCCUCGACUCCCUCCAAUAUCCCUCACACGGUUUUCAGCCUGUGCCAUAAUAUCCUUGUAUCGCCUCAAGCCCUCACCAUUCACACAUACAAUCACCUUAUCGCCGGGUUGGAUAGAGUCGGGUUACAUCCCCUUGCUUCAGCGGCGGUCAACGCUUUCUACCGGGGCCAGGUUGAGCCAACGCAGCACACCAUGGUAUGUCUCUUGAAUCACUUCAGGGAGAUGCGCGACGCGGACGGUUUCGCGGAGGUCAUCGCUCGCAUGACUGGCAAAGACCAGCGAGGUAUCAAGAUUCGAAGAAAGACGCACGAGGAAGUAGAGUUGAACCACAAACUUCAUGGGUGGGUCAGAAAAAAAGAUGUCGCCAUCGGCUCCCAAUACAUCGUCGAAAGGGCCCGUUUCGAUGCAAACAUUUUUACCGCCAUCAUCGAAGGCAUGUUAGCUUUCGACAGACUGAGGGCUGCCGUAGGCGCAUUUGCGGCGAGCAUCACAGCCGACCUUAGAGUUAGCGCGCGGACGGUAUCCGACCUGCUCGACUGCUGCGUCCGCUCUUUGGAUCACAAAGCUGCGGCCGAGGUCUUGAAAGUACUGGCAACCAAACCUCAGCUGAUUGGACAAGUCUUUACUCAAGAGAGCGACCAACUACGUCUGGCGGGGCGCAUACAGAGCUUACUGGAAAUUUGUGGUUUCAAACACAUGUCGCCGGCCAGCGUUGCGCCGUUCUUGAAAGCACUUCCGACCUCGUUUGCACUAAGCGAGGAACAAAGACGAGGUAUCGAUAUCGCGCGAAUAGUCCACUUUGUAGAACACACGGAGUGGAAGUUGAAGUCUGUGCGCAAACUCAUUCAAAGAGUGAAAAGCGGCGAUACUGGUUGGCUCAUUGAAUCAGGUUCUCCGCGGAUGAGGUUGCUCUCAAGGCAGGCCAAGUUGGUUUGGCCAGUACCUGUCGCCGUAUUGGCAGAGGUUCCCUCAGAGGACCAUAGCAAGUCGACUUUGGACACCGCCAAUGCUCUCUCACAGAGAGAGAGUGAUUCGUCUGCUUUGGACCGCCUCGAGGAAACGUCGAUGACACAAACAAAGCACAGAAGCAAAAGCAAAAGUGAGGCUCUCAGAGCGGACCAGAGCGAGCUGUCUCCCGCACCCGCGAGGGACGUCUUACCGAAGGAAAGCGAAUCAUCUGCCUGGGAUCGCCUCGAAGAUGCAACGGAGGCGAUCCCAAAAAAGAGCAAGAGCAAAAGCAAAAGGGAGGAGGUUUUGGCCAGCGAGGCUGGUUUCUGA